AUGGAUAGAUCUAAAAAAUUUUAUUCUGAGUCAGCAGGGGCAGACCCCCACUGUGGCUGGUGCCUCCCGCUACAAAGGUGCACUUUUCAAGGGGAUUGCACACAUGCAGGGAGCUUUGAAAACUGGCUGGAUAUUUCAUCAGGACCUAAAAAAUGCCCUAAAAUUCAGAUAAUUCGAAACCUCCGAGAGAGGACUACAGUGACCAUUGUGUGAAGCGUCUCUGCAAGACACUCAGAGUGCGUGGUGAAGAAUGCAGACACGGGCAAGCUGCUCUGCCAGGGGAGAAGCCAGCUGAACCGGACCUAUGUUUGCAACAUCCCCAGCAGACCUAGCUACAAUGUCUUAGUGGUCAAUGCGACCUUCUCCUUUCCAUCUUGGAACUUAUCAGAAAGAUUCAAUUUCACCAACUGUGCGUCAUUAAAAGAAUGCCCAGCAUGUAUUGGAACCGGCUGUGCUUGGUGUAAACGAGACAAGAAAUGCAUCCACCCCUUCACCCCCUGCGAACCAUCAGAUUACGAGAGGAAUCAGGAUCUCUGUCAAGUUGCUGUGGAGAAACCACCCAAGGACUCAGGAGGAAAAGUCAAGGAGAACAAGAGAAACAGAACCGAUGGGGCUUUGCAGGUCUUCUAUAUUAAGGCCAUUGAGCCACAAAAAAUGUCAACCUUUGGGAAAAGCAAUGUGAUUGUUACUGGAGCAAACUUCACCCAGGCGUCAAAUAUCACCAUGAUCCUGCGAGGGACCAGUACAUGUGAGAAGGAUGUGAUCCGGGUUAGCCACGUGCUGAAUGACACGCAUAUGAAAUUCUCACUUCCAUCGAGCCGCAAAGAAAUGAAAGACGUUUGCAUUCAGUUUGACGGUGGGACCUGCUCGUCCGCGGGGGCUCUGUCCUACAUUGCUCUACCACACUGUUCCCUGAUAGUUCCUGCCACCACCUGGAUCAGCUUUGGGCAAAACAUAACCAUCAUGGGCAGGAAUUUUGACAUCAUUGACAACCUAAUCAUUUCACAUGAGCUGAAGGGAAACGUAAACGUAAACAUAAAUGUCUCUGAAUACUGCAUGGCAACUUCCUGCUGGUUUUUAGCUCCUAAUUUAAAGAGCUCCAAAGUGCGGACAAAUGUGGCGGUGAAGCUGAGAGUCCAAGACACCUACUUGGACUGUGGAACCCUGCAAUACCUCGAAGAUCCCAGAUUUACAGGGUACCGAGUGGAGUCAGAGAUUGAUACAGAAUUGGAAGUAAAAAUUCAAAAAGAAAAUGACAAUUUCAGCAUUUCCAAGGAUGACAUUGAUAUUACUCUCUUCCAUGGGGAAAAUAAACAAUUUAAUUGCAGUUUUGAAAACAUUACUAGAAACCAAGAUCUCACAACCAUCCUUUGCAAGAUCAAGAGCAGUAAGAAUGCAAACGCCAUUGCUACCUCCUCUAAGAAAGUCCGUGUCAAGCUGGGAAACCUGGAACUCUAUGUGGAACAGGAAUCCGUUCCUUCCACGUGGUAUUUUCUGAUCGUGCUUCCGAUCUUACUGGCCAUUGUCAUCGUUGUGGCUGUGGUGGUGACCAGGCACAAAUCGAAGGAGCUGAGUCGAAAGCAGAGGCAACAGCUGGAGCUGCUGGAGAGUGAACUCCGGAAAGAGAUCCGUGAUGGCUUUGCCGAGCUCCAGAUGGAUAAAUUGGAUGUGGUUGAUAGUUUUGGAACAGUACCCUUCCUUGACUACAAACAUUUUUCUCUGAGAACUUUUUUCCCUGAGUCAGGUGGCUUCACGCACAUCUUCACCGAGGAUAUGCACAACAGAGACGCUAAUGACAAGAACGAGAGCCUCACAGCCUUGGAUGCCCUCAUAUGUAAUAAAAGCUUCCUGGUUACCAUCAUCCAUACUCUGGAGAAGCAGAAGAACUUCUCAGUAAAGGACAGGUGUCUCUUUGCCUCCUUCCUAACCAUCGCUCUGCAAACCAAACUGGUCUACCUGACCAGCAUCCUGGAGGUGCUGACCAGGGACCUGAUGGAGCAAUGCAGUAAUAUGCAACCCAAGCUCAUGCUGAGGCAUAUGGAGUCUGUGGUGGAGAAACUCCUUACAAACUGGAUGUCUGUCUGCCUCUCUGGUUUCCUUCGGGAGACUGUUGGAGAGCCAUUCUAUUUGCUGGUGACGACUCUGAACCAGAAAAUAAACAAGGGUCCUGUGGAUGUGGUCACCUGCAAAGCUCUGUACACCCUUAACGAAGACUGGUUGCUCUGGCAGGUUCCCGAAUUCAAUACUGUGGCAUUAAAUGUUGUCUUUGAAAAAAUCCCAGAAAACAAGAGUGCAGAUGUCUGCCGGAAUGUUUCAGUCAACGUUCUUGUCUGUGAUACCAUAGGCCAAGCCAAAGAAAAGGUUUUCCAAGACUUCCUAAGCAAAAAUGGUUCUCCAUACGGACUCCAGCUCAAUGAGAUUGAUCUUGAGCUUCAGGUAGGAACAUGGCAGAAAGAACUGGACAUUGACAGUUCCUCUGUGAUUCUUGAAGAUGGAAUAACCAAGCUAAACACCAUUGGCCACUGUGAGAUAUCAAACGGAUCCACUAUAAAAGUCUUUAAGAAGAUAGCAAAUUUUACUUCAGAUGUGGAAUACUCAGAUGACCACUGCCACUUGAUUUUACCAGAUUCAGAAGCAUUCCAAGUAGUUCAAGGGAAGAGACACCAAGGGAAACACAAGUUCAAAGUAAAAGAAAUGUAUCUGACAAAGCUGCUGUCGACCAAGGUGGCAAUUCACUCUGUGCUUGAGAAACUCUUCAGAAGCAUUUGGAGUUUGCCUAAUAGCAGGGCCCCAUUUGCUAUAAAAUACUUUUUUGACUUUUUGGAUGCCCAAGCUGAAAACAAAAAAAUCACAGACCCUGAUGUCAUACAUACCUGGAAAACAAACAGCCUCCCUCUUCGAUUCUGGGUAAACAUCCUGAAGAACCCUCAGUUUGUCUUUGACAUUAAGAAGACUCCACACAUAGACAGCUGUUUGUCAGUGAUUGCCCAAGCAUUCAUGGAUGCCUUUUCUCUCACAGAACAGCACCUGUGGAAGGAAGCACCAACCAAUAAACCUCUCUAUGCCAAGGAUAUACCAACCUACAAAGAGGAAGUGAAGUCUUACUACAAAGCAAUCAGGGAU